ACACACACUGUGAAAAAUAGGUUACAUACAGCGAAACAGAAAAACGAAGAGAACGAGGCCACAGCGAAGCGAGCAUCCUCACAUCCGUGGAGGAUCUGUGUGUUUCUGACCUACAUAUGACCUGCUGGAUAAAAACAUCUCAACACAACGUCACACUCUCUGUCUACACACCAACACAAGUCUCUAAUUAAUGCCUUGUUCCUUGAGAUUAGCUGCUUUCCCUCCACACUCGGCCCACACAGAGGCAGCAGGUUUCUACUCACUCACCACUCAGGAGGGUUUUUAAAUCGGACACCUGCAGCAUCAAAGCUGUUGGUGCAGUAAAACCACCUGUCACACAUGUUUCACUGGUUUCCUACUUCAGGGAACAUGUUCAGGACAUCAAGUCACAAAAUGAUUCAGUAGUUUGUGGGUGUUUGUUAGUAAAAGCUGUUAAAAAUGUACUAAAUGUCAGAAAAUACUGAAACAUUACCUUUAUCAAAGCCAGAAACACCUAAAUGUAAAAGUAUAUGAUCGCAGAAAACUGUAACUCACAAAUAAUUACAUCUGAGAAGCAGGACGGUUCAUGUUUAGCUCCAGACCCACGAGCAAACGGGGAACACUAAAUCCUGGACCUGUGUUAGAGUCAAGACCACCUAAACUGAGUCCAAGUCAUGAGAAAGACCAGAGGGUAGCAAGACCAAGACUUUAAGGGGUUAAAGUUAAGUCUAGAACAAGAUCAAGACCAGGACUAAAACAGGGUGAGACUAAGUCAAGAUCAGGACUAAGGCGUAGUAAGACUGAGUAAAAACCAGGACCAAGAAGGAAUUAGACUGAGUCAAAACCAGGACUAAGACAAUGUAAGACUGAGUCAAAACCAUUACCAAAAGAGGCCUACAUGAGUCAAGACCAGUUCCAAAAAAAUGGUGAGACUGAGUCAAGACCAGGACCAAGACAGGUUGGGACAGAGUCAAGACCAGAACUAAGGUAGGGUAAGACCAAGUCGAGACCAGGACUAAAAGAGGACAAGAUUGAGUCAAGACCAGGACCAAGACAGGGUAAGACGAACUAAAAAAUUUUGAUGCAGUGGUCUAUAAAAACAUCCAGCUACACAUCUGAGUGGGUAAUGUCAUAGAGUGUCUUGAUUGACAGGUGUUUGAGCCAAUCAGAGUAAGCCUCGGUUUCUGAUUCUUUCCAGCUGAGCUUCACUUCCAGAUAAACUUUCACUUAAAGUAUUCCAGGUUGUUCAUUAAUAAACACUGAGAGAAGGUGAUCAGAAGUGUUUAUUCACACUUACGGGUGGUGAUUGACUGAAACACAAACACACACAUUCCUUCAAACACAGGUAGAACACAGGUACGUAGAGUCCCUCCCUGAACACACUCCAGCUUACAUCACACUGAACUCUGACCAGCUUAUCAGAGAGAGAGAGGGGGCGAGCGACACCGACACAUACAGAGAGAGACAACAGAAAGUGAAGCCUGGAGACAGACCAGAGACAGAAACCAGCAGAGAGUAGUUGGACAUGAACACACAGAGCUCACCUGUACAGCUCGGCAGCCAUGUCUAAAGCGACGGUGAAGAAGCUGCACUGGCGCUCCAAGGUGCAGGAGAGCUUCGUCCCUCUGGGGGGCGCCGGCUCCGGGGAGCUGGGGCUGGCCAUCGGGGGCGGGGCCGACUACGGAGAGUUCCCCUUUGUCACCGCCGCCCCCGGGGGCGGGGCCACGGUGAGCGACAUCAUCUUGGAGAUCGGGGGGACGCCCGUGUUGGGGAUGACCCUCGGUGAUGUCAGAGGAGUCCUCAACUCCUGCCCUCAUCCAAUCAGAAUCAAGACCGUCUCACCAGGUUCGUCUCUGUGUAAAGAUCUCAGGUUGUACCUCAGUAAGUGUUUCACUCCAGGAUCCAUGGACAGUCAGCUGCAGCAGCUCAUCAGGGAGAACCUGUACCUGCGUGCCGUACCCUGUACGACCCGGCAGCCUCGGGACGGAGAGAUCUCAGGUGUGGACUACAACUUCGUGUCCAUCGAGGAGUUCUUCUCUCUGGAAGAGUCUGGAGCUCUGCUGGAGAGCGGCAAGUUCAAAGGGAACUACUACGGGACACCCCGCCCCGUCCACAUCGGCCCGGAGAGUCCACCAAUCACGUACCAGGAGCACCGGAACCUGCUGAGGAACUUCAGGACGAGGAGCAAGUCUCUGAGUAACCUGGAGAAGGCUGUGGAGGAAGGAGACAACAGCGAGGAGGACAGCGGACUCUCAGGGUCGGCUGGAGCCCCACCCACCACCCUGCCCCUCAGCCAAUCCUGGGAGUCGGCGGCAGGAAGUCGAGAGGGAAUGGAGAAUGGAGUGAGGGGAAGAGGAGGAGGAGGAGGAGGAGGUCCGCUGCCUGAGAACUGGGAGCUGGCCUUCAGUGAUUCAGGGGAGCCCUACUACAUAGAUCAUACCUCAAAGACCACCAGCUGGUUGGACCCCCGAGCUCAGAACAAAGAGUCGACGUCCUGCACCGAACUCCCAGAGUUCACGGAGCAGCCCAGCCAGCUGAAGGGUUAUUCCAUCCACACCCGUCUCUCUAAAGGACCUCGAGGUUUCGGCUUCAACAUCGUCGGAGGAAGUCGACCCCGAGAGUUCCUGCAGGUUUACAGUGUUACACCUGGAGGACCACCUGCUCUGAAUACAGCCGACAUCCUGGUCUACAUCAACGACUCCUGUGUGCUGGGUCGCUCCCACAAAGAGGUGGUGGAGAUGCUGAAGUCGGUGCCGAUGGGUCAGAGCGUGGACGUGGUGCUGAGGAGAGGAUACCCGAUGCUCUACAACCCCGACGGCUGUCCGAAGCAGAGUCUGGAGACGCCACAGACUCCCAGCGAACCGUCCAACCUGAACCGAGGUUUGACCCACCUCACCUACAGCCGUACGCUGGACUCCAAUGGCAGCACGCCAGGACCGGCACAAACCCCUCCUUCCUACUCCGCUCAGCCAAUGACAAACGGACUGGCAGGCCCGCCCACCCCAACAUCUUCCGACCCCCCGCUAGGCCCACCACCCCCUCCAGAGAGGACGCCGCCCAAUCACAGUGACUCUGACGGUGGCCUGUCCAAUGCUGGAACUCGAAGGUCGUCUCUGAGUCGCUACAACAGCAGCACUCUCCCCACCUUCUCCUCCUCCUCCCUCCUCCACCAUCAGAGCUCCAAGUCCUCGGAGAGCGACCUGUCCACAUCCAUACUUCCUAUGUUCUCCUCCACACUCCCCAACACGUCCUCAUCCUCCCACACUUUGUCCAAACUGCCCCUCUCUCAGCCUGAGACGGGCCUCCUCCAGAACUCCACCAGCCCCUCCAACACCAUCAACAACAACCCAUCCUCCUCCUCCACACCUACUGGACCUCCUGUGCAGCGCCCACCGAUGCCCCAGACCUCCCUUGCCCUGACCCCUCCUAGAAACAUCCCUCCCUGUGGCUUUAAUGGUUGUCCAGCCAAUCACCAACCGCCCUCCCCAGCCUCAAGGGGAAACCCAGGACUGGUGCUGCCCCUUGGGGCUGGGUCGCCCGGGGCGGGCCUCAGCGGAGAGCUUGUGCCGGUGGCCCUCGGGCGCAACGAGGGCGGAGGACUGGGGUUCAGCGUGACAGCAGGAGGACAAGGAGGUCAGCAUGCGGUGGUGAGACGGGUUUGGGAUCGGAGGCAGUGCCCCUCGUUGCAGACAGGAGAUGCUAUUGUGAAAAUCAACGGAGCAGACGUACAGAGCCUCAGCUUCUCCCAGGUCCAGAGAGUUCUGCAGGAACACACCAAACAAGGAGAGGUGGUUCUGCUGGUCUAUCGAGGAGGUCCUGUCUCCUCUCCAGCUGUCACCCCCAACCUGUACAAGCCCCUCCCAUCCCCGCAUGGUCUGACCACCCCCUCUUCCUCCUCCCACCCCACCACUUCAGCCGACUUGCCUUCAGCCUCCACGGGUGCCUUGGUGGGGGGCGUUCCCCCACUCAACCAGGCCGGUUUAGCCCUCGAGAGUCCCCAGGAGGGGCACCUACCAGCUCCAGGGAACCACCAAGGAGCCCCUCCUGCUCAGUCACCCAACGGGCCCCCAGCCUCGGCCCUCAUCCAGAGCACCAGCUUCCUGGAUUCAGUUCCGGUGACGUUGACCUUAGAGCCACGGGACCUGCUGGGUGUAGAGGAGAGUGCUGGCGGGCCUCCUUCAGCCAGAGGGGGUGGAGCUCUGGGAGCCAUCGCCAAGGAUGGGAGAGGAGGAGGCGGAGCCAAGAUGAUGGAGGUGGAGCUGAGGCGGCGGCCAGGGGAGGGCUUCGGAUUCGUCAUCGCCUCUCAGGAAGUGAGCGGAGCCCCGUCCCUGAUGUCCCAUCGCUUCGUGACGGUGCGUCGCGGCAGCCCGGCGGCUCGCAGUGGACAGAUCCAGCCUGGAGACCAGCUGGAGGCCGUGGAGGGACGACCUGUAGGAGGUCUGCAGCACCGAGACCUGGCCCAGAUCCUGAGGAGGGCAGGGAACACGCUGAGGCUGAGCAUCACGCCAAGACACCACUCCUCCUCUCUCUCAGAAGGAGCUGAUCUCGACAUCGACGGCAGAAUAAUCAAAGGAUCCAGAAGGUCAAAGGAUGAGUCCAGGUUCUAUAGCGUGGAUCUUGAACGCGGUCCGACCGGAUUCGGUUUCUCCCUGAGGGGGGGCAGCGAGUACAACAUGGGUCUGUAUGUACUGGGUCUGAUGGAUGGGGGUCCAGCUCAGCGCAGCAACAAGAUACAGGUGUCCGACCAGCUGGUGGAGAUAAACGGAGACAGUACGGCAGGAAUGACCCACAGUCAGGCCGUGGAGCAGAUCAGGAGGGGAGGCCACCGGAUCCACCUGGUCCUCAAGAAGGGCAACGGAUACGUACCCGACUAUGGCCCUGAGGAAGGAGCCCUCUCCCCCCCCUCCUCCUCCUCACACACCGAGGAGCAGGAUGUGGAUACGGUAACCAUGACAACCGCCUCCCUCAACCGGCAACCAGGAGGAGGAGGAGGAGGAGGAGGUGAGAGGAGGACGAGGAGGAAGAGGAGAGAGGGAGAAACCAAACAGAAAACAGAAUCAGGAGGAGGAGAAGGAGGGUUCGGACCUCCUGACCUGGACCUGGACCUAGUGGAGGAGGAAGCACGAGAGGAGGAGGAGAGUAGGACGAGGAGGGAGGAAGAGGAGGAGAGAAGAAAGAGAAAGGAGGAGGAAGAUGAGAGAAGAUGGAGGAAAGAAGAGGAAGAGGAGAGAAGGAGAAGGAAGGAGGAAGAGGAGGAGAGGAGGAGAAGGAGUCAAACAGUCAGGCAGAAGAAGCGGGAUGACCAGAGGGAGCAGGGGAGGAGGAGCAGGAGCUUACCCAGGAACGGAGCUCGAUCCUGGGACUCGGCGCCAGAGGAGUGGGUGGAGGAGCACGGAGGAGGAGGAGAAGAGGAGGAGAGGAGGAGGAGGAGGAGGAGCGAGACGAAGAGCCAGAGGGGGGAGGAGAGAGACGACGGCGCCGCCCGACACGCUAAGCAUGCUGGGAGCUCGGCUGCAGCUCAGAAGGCGGCGUUCUCCUUCCUCAUGCCGAUGGAUGACGACGAGCAGCCGUCCGACAGCGAAUCAGCAGCCAGCUUCUCAGAGGUCAGCCAAUCAGCAGCCAGCAUCGCCACCGGCGGGUGGAGGGAGGAGUGGGGGAGGGCCGAGUCGGCAUGGCGACAGGGAAACGCCCCCGGGCCGUGGCUGAAGCCGAGCCCACAGAGACUGACCCAGGUUCUGAGUGGCAGCCGGCUCAGAGGGCGGGAACUACUCUCUCUCUGAUUGGCCAGCAGCAACCGCAUUCUUUGUUUUUUUAAUUGGGUAGUUAAAAGGGCUUUUAAUUGGCGUGCUGAGAGAAGCCCCGCCUCCUCUUGUGUCUUAUUGGAUGAUAUUACUGUUUGUGAUUGGAGGAUGAGACGCAAGCAGGAAAAGAUUUGUGAUUGGCCGGCGGGCAGGUUUUAGAGGCCUCUGAUUGGCUUCAUUCUAGACUUACCCAUCACCCCUCGGUGCAUCCUGAGACCUGCAUCAUGAAGCCGCGUCGACACGCUGUUUCCACUGCAGGAGCAAGAAUUUUUAUUUUAUUUGCCACCAUUUAAAAUAGGAAGUACAAAAAUUUCCAAAACAAAACACUGAUCCGAUUCAGGACGAACAACAAGAACCGCCUUUUUUCUGCCUUUUAAACAUCUCCAACAGGAACAGAACAUUCUCCUACUGUCAGAGCUGAUUCUGUCGCCUCAUUGGUCCGUUGACAGAAGAAAGACUUGAUUAGAUGUAAAUGCUGUGAACUUUGGGCCUGAGUUCCUGCAGUGGAAAGUAAACUCUGACGCUCUGAUGUCAUGAAGCUGGUGCACCGUAACCAGGGUGGUAGAUCACCAUGGCAACUAGGGGUACAUCACAACGUUAACCAGUGUAGGGCAGGAACACACACAUAGAAUUAUACUAAUAUGUACUAAACCUAUUUCACCAACCUGGUCUAAAAACUACCAUAAAAAGAUGCAAAAUCACCACGAAAAGAUGCUGAAUCACCAGAAAAAGAUGCUGAAUCACUUCAAAAAGAUGCUGAGUCGCCACAAAAGAUGCUUAAUCACCAAUAAAAGACGCAAAAUCACUACAAUAAGAUGCAAAAUCACAACAGAAAGAAGCUGAAUUACCAUAAAAGAUGCUGACUAACCAAGUCGCCACAAAAGAUCCUACAUCACAACAAAAAGAUCCUGAAUCACCACGAAAAAAUGCAAAAUCACCACAAAAAAUGCUGAAUCACCACAAAAGAUGCUGAAUCACCGUAAAAAAAAAAUGCAAAAUCACCACAUAAAGACACAAAAUCACCAUAAAAAGAUCUUGAAUCACCACAAAAAGAAGCUAAAUCACCACAAAUCACCUGGUUUCAGGUAAAUCUGACAUCAGAACUCCGUAUUUGACUCUUUUACAAGUAACGUUUGGUCUCUCAGUAACUGAUGGAGACCAGAAGCUUCACUGAGCUAGCUUGUUAGCUUGUAGCAUGUGAGGCGUUCAGGGAACAUCUGUAAAUUGCAGCGUCUAUUGAUCGACAGAUGUUAGUCCAGUGAGGACUUCUAGUGAUAUUUAACUUCUAGGAGCUGCUCUGAUUUCAAAUGAAGGUUAUUUUAGGUCCUACUGUGAUGCAGAUUUGUGAAUUAACAGGAACUUAGCACAAAAUGGAUUUAAAUGUAAAAAUCCAGUAAAAAUAUUACAUAAUAUAUAUUUAUAUUACAGUGUAAUAUUUUGUCAGUAUGUAAUCAUGAUGAAUAAUCCUGAUUAUAAUUUGGUCAUGUUCAUGCAGCCCUCAUCAGAAAUAAUUUUGCAGGAGACAAAAUGAUGCCGCCCAAACCAACAAAGCACUAGCAUUAGCAUGAGCAUUAGGGUUAGCAUUAGGAUUACCGACAACAUUAGUCAUAAACUAAUAUCUUAGUGUUUUGUUGACAAAAUGAGUCCAGCUUUUGUGUUUUUAAUUUAUAUUUGAACAGAACUGCUUUUUAGCAGGUCCAGCUAACUUCGAGGCAAUAUCUUUUUUUGGUGAUUCAGCAUCUUUUUGUGGUGAUUCAGCAUCUUUUUGUGAUGAUUUAGAAUCUUUUGUGGUGAUUCAGCAUCUUGUGGUGACUCAGCAUCUUUUUGUCGUGAUUUAGCAUCUUUUUGUGGUGACUUAGCAUCUUUAGCAUUAGCAUUAGGGUUAGCAUCAGCAUACCAUGUCUUUAUUUUUAAAUUAGAUUUUUAUUUUCUACAUAGCCGCACUGAUUCAUUCUUUCCAAACUGAGUAAUCCAAGUCAUAGUAUUUCAACAUAUAUAUCCCAAUAACCUAAAUAUUAAUCAGGUUCUUAGUCCUAGUGAUGCUGUAAUUGGUUACCGUGGUGAUCAGGGAACCAGCUUCAUGAAGUCCAUUCUAGACCUCCCCUGAGUCUUUGUGUUUUUAUAUUUUCCUGCAUCAUCCUGAGAUCACAGAUCACUCGAUUCCAACAGCAAAUUAAUGAAGUUUGUGAUCCAGGCUCCCGUUCUGCAGACAGACGUGACGUUUUUACGGUUUUAAAUGUCACGUCUCUUCUGUUUGCAGCUUCAUCAUCAUCGUCAUCAUCCUCUCCUGCAUCCCUCCGACUCUUUAAAUCGUAUGCAAGCGAGACGCCAGUGCUGUGUCUCUCUGUGUAAUCUGAGCAUGUGAAUAUCACUGGAAUGAUUUUUUAUUUUUAUAAAGCUGAACGUGUAAAAGUUCCAUGACAUUAUUAUUAACAUUAUUAAUAUUAUAGAUUAAAUAGAAGCAGAGAUGAUUUGAUUUGCCUGCUUGCAAAAACAAAAAGAACAAACGUUGCCCUGAUGAUAAAACAGAGCCAUACACACACACACACACACACACACACACACACACACACACACACACACACACACACACACACACACACACACACACACACACACACACACACACACACACACACACACACACACACACACACACAGAUGUCAGGUCCAGCUGCGGUCCUGUCGGCUGUCAACAACCAUAGCGUCACCAUGGCAACAUGACCUGUCUCUAUAGCGACAGCCGUGGUGGAGCGAGACGACCUGCAGCUCUGGAUCAUAACAAGUGCCUCAUUUUAUUUCAGCCUUCGUCCUGCGAGACGUCGCCGAGGAGACGCCGCCGCCGCCGCCGCCGCACCUUCUGUCCAAGCCAAGACCCUUCAGAUGCCAUCAUUUCCCAUCAUGCACCUCAACGUCCCGCCUCAUGAGUUCAAUCAGGGCUGCAGCUAACGAUCGCUUUCAUUAUCGAUCAGUCUGCUGUAUCCUGCAGCUUCUACUGGCAAAAGCUCAAUAGUCUCACAAUUAUUUCACUAUUUUUACAGCAGAAGGAACAAACUUCACAACUUUGAACCGGUUCGACCUGAUGGAGACUAGUGGGUCUAAUUAAUUAACGUUUACUGAGAGUUUACAACAUGUCAAACUGAUAAAACAACUGCAAAGACACUCACUUAAGUCACUUAAAACCAACUGCAAAAGAGUCAAAACGGCAAAACAUGGACACAAAUCAACCACACAGAGACAGAACCAAACACAGAGACGUAAAAUUAACAUAAAAAGAUGCAAAAUAACCCCAAAGAGACACAAAACAACCACACAAUGAUCACAAAGAGACACAAAACAACCACAGAGAGACACAAAACAACCACAAAGAGACACAAAAUGACCACAAAGGGACACAAAACAACCACAAAGAGACACAAAAUGACCACAAAGAGACACAAAAUGACCACAAAGAGACAUAAAAUUAUCAUAAAAGAUGCAAAACAACCCCAAAGAGACACAAAACAACCACAGAGACACAAAAUGACCACAAAGAGACACAAAACGACCACAAAGAGACACAAAAUGACCACAAAGAGACACAAAACAACCACAAAGAGACACAAAAUGACCACAAAGAGACACAAAACAACCACAAAGAGACACAAAAUGACCACAAAGAGACACAAAACAACCACAAAGAGACACAAAAUGACCACAAAGAGACAGAAAACAACCACAAAGAGACACAAAACAACCAAAAAGACACACAAAACGACAACAGAGAUACAUAAAACAAUCACAGAGACACAAAACAACCACAAAGAGAAACACACUUACUAAAAAAUAGAUAGAAAUUGUCACAAAACUACGCCAAAGAACUACAGAGACACACAAAGACCAGAAAGAGAAGCAAAUCAACCAGAAUCAGUCGACUCCAAACUAACCAAUGUCAAUGAAGUUGUCUGUUUCUGCAUUUUGUUCAGAAAUUGGAGUUUAAACUUUAACAACAGCAGUUUGUGUAUCACAGCUCAACAACAGCUCAACAACCUGUCAGCAUGUCAGAUCAUCUGAAAACAGAAUCUAACUAUGUGCAGCUGCUCUGCUCCCAGUCUGUUCUUAUAAUGGCAGCAUAAAACCCAAAAAAUGUGCAAAAUCACCACAAAAAAACACAAAAUCACCACAGAUAUAUGCAAAAUCACCACGCCAAGAUGGAAAAUAGCUACAAAAGGAUGUGGAAUCACCACAAAAAUGCAAAACUACCACAAAAACACACAAAAUGAUCAUGCAAAAUACAUAAAAAUCAUGUGGUUGGAGCUAAAUCUGGCAUUCGAACAGUUUUCAGUGACGUUUGGUCUCUGAGGUGCUGAUGGAGACUAGAAGCUUCUCUGAGCAGCUUCUACUGAGACGUUUAGGGACUGUCUGUAAACUGUAGCGUCUAUCAAUAAGAAGAUUUAAUUUCUAAUUUAUAUUUUGCUUCUCCGAGACGCUCUGAAGAUUAUUUGAUGCAGAUUUCUAUACUAGCAGGAAUGUAGCACAACAUGAAGUGAAAGCAGCGCUCAGUUUGUCCGUGAAAAUUAAUUCUGCAUAAAAAUAUUUUGUCCAUAAAUGAAUGAAUACAUGUUAUAAAUAAUCAGGCAGCACCGACUGUUGAACUGAUAUUCAAACUUCAUCGAACAACAAAGUAAAAGAAGCUUCACUCUGGAACAAAGCUGAACGUUGAUAAACUCAUCGGUGAAAACUUGCAUUUUUCAGCUCUUGAACUUUUGAAGUGUGUUUUUUUCAGUGUAAAUUUAACAUUUUGGGAUGUUUUACUGUAUUUUGGACAUAGAAGAUAGCCGGCAGAUCCGUCCGUAAUGAAAUAAUCGUUAUUUGCAGCCCUGAGUGCGACGUCAUCUCUACAACUGAUUGUGUUUCUUCCAUUUCAGCUUUUUCUGAUAUUUGAUCAAUAAUUCUAGCAGAUCAGAUUCAUAUGUUUGGAUUAAUUAGCUCAUGAAGGAUCAGACGUCGGAUACAAACUGUCUCUGCAGCAGCCGCUUCCUCCUGGUUUUCUAUUUAUUUAUUCACAGCUGAAGAACUUCACAUGGAAACGUCACAGUUACUGACUUCACCUGAACAAGACACCUGGACUAUUAUAUUUAUUACAGCUGAAACAGUUAAUUAGUUCUCAACUACUUAAUUAAUCACCAAAAGUUUGGUAAAUUGAUUCGUCAGUUUGACUAUUUUUUAAUAAUAAAACAGUCUAAAUUCUGUGAUUGCAGCUUCGUUAAUGUAAACUCAAACAAGACAUUUCUUAUCUUGGGCUCAAAUCAACAUUACCUGACAUUUCAGACUCCGAACAGCUGAUCGAUUAAUCCAGAAAAUGAUAAACAAUAAUCAUUAGCAGCAGCCACAUUAUUUACCUGUGGCAAAGUAUAGGAUUUAAAAUACACAUUAUUUUGUUAGUAAACCUGCUUUUCUUGUUGCUCUGAGCGUAAAUCUUUUUUUUUAAUUCUAUAUGAUGCUGUAAUAAUAGCAGGAGAGGAGGUUAAAAGAUCAUUUUAUUAUUUCCACAAACAAAGCAGCUCUUAAAAACUUAUAAUUUCAUAUAUUUGUAGCUCAUAUGCUGCUAAUAAUUCUGAAAGCUGUGGUUUUCUGAUACUUAGCUUAAUGUGGGUUAAAGAGACAAAACAAACUCCAGCCAGCAGGGGGCGCUGCUACUGCACAGACGGGUUCAUCAAUAUUCAGUUUAUCCCCAUGUAAAUAUCUUCCAUCACAUUUUACUGUCUGUCCAUUUGCACCGUCAGCAGCUAAACUACGUCUCCCACAAUCCUCUGCGCUGCCCUUUAGCCCCGCCCCCCAGCCUGCUCUCUUUAAGGGCAUUUGGAUCUUCUAUGCAUUUUGUAAGACUGCCGGCGAUCGAUCCUCCGAUCGGAGGACUCUAUCAACAGGUCUGAAUAUUCAGGUUCUGGUCCCACCAGACCAGGAGCAGGAUUUCGUCACCACGCCUGCUCUGAGACGGCAGGACGGACACGAUGGACGGACAUGAUGGACGGACACGAUGGACGGACAUGAUGGACGGACACGAUGGACGGACAUGAUGGACGGACACGAUGGACGGACAUGAUGGACGGACACGAUGGACGGACAUGAUGGACGGACACGAUGGAUGGACACGAUGGACGGACGGACGUCGCUGAACUGUGGGUUUAAUAAAGUUUUUAUCUCCAGCUGUAAACACAGAACUGACCGAUCAGCUGAUCGCGGCCUGUUAUUGAUCGGUUCGUGUCUCGAUCCAGUCUGACUUUUAAAACACCGAGCUGGACCAGGACCGGCUCGCUUAACCCGAGCUAACAGCUAGCUAGCAGCUGUUAGCUAACUGUUAGCUAACAACUCAUUUAAUAAAGCUACGGUUCAAAGA